AUGUUCCCACCAUUGCACAAAUCCCGCACACUGCUGCUCUUUCGGAGGACGGCAGGGGCGGGGGCCAGGCACGCGACUUGCAGACCCUCGAUCUCAUCACCAUCAUCGCCAUCAUCGUCACUGCCACCGCUACGGCGUUCGGAAUUGGGCGUUCGGCGAAUAGCUACCUCGCAAUGGAUGUUUGCUCGCCCACGCUCCCUAAAGACUUAUCCCGGAAGUGCACGGAGGGGUGCCCCACUGCGGGAAGAACAUGAGGGGGUCUCGCCGCAAUCGACGGAGGGAGGUAAUGGGGGACGAAACGGAGCAGAGACGGAAGCGGAGUCCGAAAGCUCGGGCCCGAACGAACCUGAGCCCGGCCGCCCGGUGAUCUUGCUCUUCCUCAGCCUGGCACUCCCAGUGUUCAUCCUUUCGAACAUCAACCUCCUCGCACCCUUCCUGAUCUCGGCCCGGGAUCUGGAAUCCAGUUCCAUACCCACCCCCACUCCCACCCCCGCCUCCUCCUCUCCAACAAAAGAGCAGUUGAAUGCCUACAUCAGAGCCCACCGCCCGGACCUCCUCCGGCUACAGCACAUCUCGCAGGUGACAUGGGCAAACACAACUCUAACGCCAAUCCGCUUCUACCCGCAAUCCGCCGAUCCAAAACCAUGGCACACACUAAUCACCUACGCCUUCAAUCAUGGCGGGAUGAUGCACUUCCUCUUCUGCUACAUGGGCUUCAAGGCCUUCGUCCCCAGCCUCUCGUUCGCAUACGGUGACCGCCGAACCGCUGCCGCCUUCCUUCUCAGCUCGACCAUGGUCGGCACGGCGAUAGCCGGCUCGGAGCGCUGGCUGAACCCCUGGAGCAAAGUGUCCGGGCAGGACCUUAACGCAGCGCUCCACCACCGCCGGUUCUCGGCCACGGCGAUGACGACGAUGGAUGAGGAUGGGAGGAAGCAUUUGGAGAGGAAGCUCAAUGACGCCGUCAGUGCGAAUCUAGGCAGCAGUGGGGGCAUCAUCGCCUUGGGGACCAUCGCCGCCAUCGUUUGUCCGGGGAUGGAGUUGAACAUCAUGUUCAUUCCCUACAGCUUCAGGAUCCGCACGCUCAUGGCCCUGCUCGCGGCCUUUGAUUUCGGCGGCGCCUUUGUGUGGGAUUAUGGGCUGGGGAUUGGGCAUAAGGGACAUUUGGGUAUGGUCUCUUCCCUCCAUGCUUCGUGAUGGUUUGCUAAUGGUGAAUGGUGAACAGCGGGUUACAUCUCUGGGAUCCUACUCUACACAUUAUGGCUCCGCCGUGUUCCUUUCGCCUUCGGACCCCGUGCGGAGGGAAUGUUGCGAAAGGCGGCUAUGCAGCGAUCUUCUCCUCCCCGAUAGUACUAUGCAAACUUGUGCGGUGUGCCCUACUGUACGCACAUGUGCAAUACCGCCUUUGCCCUUGUAUUGUAUCUCUCCGUUCAUCAAUCAAAAAAAGAAGGGAAGGAAAAACCCGCACUUCAUAUCAUUCAUCCGUCUCCCGUGGCCUUUCUCCCCUAUCACACACUGCCGGUGCAUCAUGACAGAUGUGUGAUAACCCUACUGGUAUCACCGUCCGGAAGUGAAGAGAGAAAGAAAGAACAAAAAAUGCGCCGUAUUCGUCAUUGACGCACACUACCCCCCCC